UCCAGAAAAAACAUCAAGGCAUGUGUUCUGAGCUAAGAAACGGGGUUGGUGUUAGACUUUGCUCUAUCAAGAGCUGAGGAACUGGGGACAUCUCUGUGGCACGUCCCCAGCAGGACCGCCAGGGGAGUCCAGGGGGGACUAAGGGAGGGGCUGAUGAGCCUGCCCCGCCCCCGACCACCUGGGAAAGGAAGUGGGAAAGGAGAACCAGCAACGGUCACUGCAUUUCCUUCACAUCUCACUCUUGGGACACAACAGGACGAGGACAGAGCAGCUGCAGCUGGAUGCGGGCAGACGGCCACAGAGGAGGAGCUUUUUCAGCCACAGUCUAGUAACAGAGGGGUUAGCAGUGGCCACCAUGGGUUCUGUGAAUUCCCGAGAUCACAAGGCAGAGGCCCAGGUGGUGAUGAUAGGCCUCGACUCAGCAGGCAAGACCACGCUCCUGUACAAACUGAAGGGCCACCAGAUGGUGGAGACCCUGCCCACUGUUGGUUUCAAUGUGGAGCCUCUGGAAGCACCGGGGCACGUGUCUCUGACUCUCUGGGAUGUGGGGGGGCAGACCCAGCUCCGGGCCAGCUGGAAGGACCACCUGGAAGGCACGGAUGUCCUCGUGUAUGUGCUGGAUAGCACCGAUGAAGCCCGCUUACCCGAGGCAGUGGCUGAGCUCAUGGAAGUCCUGGACGACCCACACAUGGCCAGCGUCCCUUUCUUGGUACUGGCCAACAAGCAGGAGGCGCCAGAUGCCCUGCCGCUGCUGGAGAUCCGAGAGAGGCUGGGCCUGGAGAGGUUCCAGGACCGCAGCUGGGAGCUUCGGGCCUGCAGUGCCCUCACUGGCGCUGGGCUGCCAGAGGCCCUACAGAGCCUGAGGAGCCUCCUGAAAUCCCGCAGCCACUGCGUGUCUACGUGAGCACAGGCGGGGCAGGGAGUGGGGAGAACAGGAAGACGCGAUCCGGGCACAGCAGCAUAUCUUUGCUGAUACGACCUGAAAGAAUCAGCUGGGCCUUAAGAAUCUUAAGCUCAGUUUAUCAGACAAGAAGUCCUUCUGUGCUUGGACAGGAUAUUUUCCUCUUGAAGCUUGUUGUCACUAGUGUUUAUGUUGAAAAUCAACUAUGGGGCACCUGGGUGGCUCAGUUGGUUGAGCGUCCAACUUCAGCUCAGGUCAUGAUCUCAUGGUUUGUGGGUUCAAGCCCCAUGUCAGGCUCCGUGCUGACAGCUCAGAGCCCGGACGCUGCUUCAGAUUCUGUUUCUCCCUCUCUCUGCCCCUCCCCUGCUCAUACUCGCCUCAAAAAUAAACAUUAAAAAUUUUUUUUAAUUACAAAGAAAAAAUAAGAAAAUCAACUCUUCUUUGAAUAAUAAUACCCUAAGGGGCAAAAAAUGCCUCCACACACUUCAUAUAAUAACUCAUGACCAAGGGUGAAACGAGCAAUUGUAACAAUAGAACAAUGAAUGGUUGCAUGGUAAUUAAGAUCUAAAUUCACAGAGGGAAUGAGGUUUCAAAAUCAGAUUAGAAUAUCUUCUGGACAUGGUCACAAUCUUAUGAGUGAUUUUUCCCUGGGAGCCUCUGGGUAUAUGCCGAGAUCACUCUGAGUGCCAGCAGCCAGGACCAGCAGAAUUGAGUAGGCGACUCUGCCCCCACAGAGUCUUGGGUUUAGAAGUUCACAGGGGCACUGAGCCCUGGGCAAGAGGCUGGAGUUAAGACCUUCCAAAAUUUAUCCUUUUCUCUGACGCUGAUUAAUUCUUCUCUACCUUUUUUUUUUUUUAAGUUUAUUUAUUUUGAGAGAGAGAGAGAGAGAGGGCAAAGGAGAGGCAGAGAGAGAAGGAGAGACAGAAUCCUAAGCAGGCUCCACACUGUCAGUGUGGAGACUGACACAGGGUUCAAACCCACAAACCAUGAGAUCAUGAUCUGAACCAAAAUCAGGAGUCAGUCACUUAACCGACUGAACCACCCAUGCACCCCUCUUCUCUACCUUUUAUCAUCCUAUAUUGGUCUUUGUCUAAAGCGUUUCAUUUUUGUCUUUUUUUUCCUUCUUUUCUUCUUACAGCACACAUUUUCCCUUAAAGAUCAGAUUAAUCAAAGAUUUCAUUAAUUCAUUCAUUUAAUUUAAAAAAAUGUAUAGAAUAUUGAAUUUGGACAAAAGGCACUGAGUUUUUAGUUAUGAGCCAGGCCCUUUAGAUGUCAAGUGUGAAUUUUGAAAACACAUGCAACAGAAAUGCUUCUUUCUCAUUAAUAGUAAAAAAGAAAGUUGAACACAGCAUCCUACAAGGGUUUUCAGGUGAUCUUAACCUAGGAACCACAAAGCUCCUGAAAUUAUUUGCAAAAUAUUAUGCUUGGAACCUGUUUUGGGGGUGGGGUGGGGAAGAAGAUCCAUUUUGUGACUCGUAAAAGUUAAGAAUCACUGACCUGGUCUUAUCCAUCAUCCAACCCAGGAAUAGUUUCUAUAAUCUGAGGGUUUUAUUUAUUAUUUUUUGAGAGAGAGAGAGACAGAGCGUAAGAAGGGGAGGGCAGAGAGAGAGAGAGGGAGACAUAGAAACCAAAGCAGGGGGCGCCUGGGUGGCUCAGUCGGUUGAGCACCGACUUCGCUCAGGUCACGAUCUCGUGGUCCGUGAGUUCGAGCCCCACAUCGGGCCCCUGUGCUGACAGCUCAGAGCCCGGAGCCUGUUUCAAUUCUGUGUCUCCCUCUCUCUGACCCUCCCCCAUUCAUGCUCUGUCUCUCUCUGUCUCAAAAAUAAAUAAACAUAAAAAAAAAAAAAAAAAAAAGAAACCAAA